AUGGACCUUUUGCAUAGCAUCGGAGUCCAGACCACCUGCUAUCUCCAAGAGAACUUCAUGGGCUUCCAGGACGGGUUUCUCUUCAUCUCUGCUGCUGCUGACCUCCGAACCACUUUCUUCGUCUUCUUUCCCAUCUGGUUCCACCUGAAGGAGUCUGUGGGGAUCCAGCUGAUCUGGGUAGCUGUGAUUGGUGAUUGGCUCAACCUGAUUUUCAAGUGGAUCCUCUUUGGACAGAGACCCUAUUGGUGGGUACAUGAGACCGGUUUUUAUGGUAGCACACCUCCGCCGGUGAUCCAGCAGUUUCCCAUCACCUGUGAGACAGGUCCAGGCAGCCCGUCCGGCCACGCCAUGGGGUCCUCCGGGGUCUAUUAUGUCCAGGGGACGGCACUGCUAGCCCAGUUAUUGCCGCUGCAGCAAAACACCUUGAUUUCCAGGUGUCUGAGCGGCUUCCUCUGGGCAGGAUUCUGGGCCGUGCAGUUGGGUGUCUGUUUAUCCCGAGUCUUCCUGGCCGCCCACUUCCCACACCAGGUGGUUGCUGGGGUCGCCUCUGGUAAGUACGAAAUACAACACAGAGAUCAGACUUCUACAGACGUUUCAGGGAAGUGA